CAUCAUCAGUCCUGAUAUUGGCUGUUUGUGUCAUUUCCGCCCAUUAGACUCUUCCAGAAAGAGUGUCCGCGGUGCUCGUCCGUGUGCCCUUGCCUUGUGGAGUGAGGUCGGUCAGUCUUUGAUCCUAGUCCUUUUAGCGACCUUUUGAGCGUAUACUCAUCCCUGCCGCAAACAAGAAUGGCCCGUCAAAGGAGAGCAGCUUCCCCAGGACCCAGGAGGGCCCCUGCAGCCCCCAUGCGGCGGGCGUCGCCACCGCCCCAGCAGGCUGCACGCCCGGCAGCCCCCGUGCAGCAGACGCAGCCGGUGCCUGCCCAGGCCCACCCGCCGGCCACCAUGGCACCCCAGCAGCCCGGCAUGUUCGCCCAGAUGGCCACCACGGCGGCCGGAGUGGCCGUCGGCUCUGCUGUGGGUCAUACGAUAGGCCACGCCCUGACGGGAGGCGGUGGCGGUGGCGGGGAGGUGGCUGCUGCCCCUGCCCUCGUGCAGCAGCAGCCGCAGCAGCAGCAGCAACAGCAACUGAGCGGGGCCUGCCAGUACGAGCUGAAGCAGUUCCUCGAGUGCGCCCAGAACCAGCACGACAUCUCGCUCUGCGAGGGCUUCAACCAGGUCCUCAAGGAGUGCAGGCUCCAGAAUGGUGUGAGCAUGUAAGCAUGCGUCUCGAAAAUUGUACAGUCGAAGUGUUGCUGCCACCGACGAAGUAGCCCUCCAUGCAGCCCUUCGAGAUGCACGUUGUAGGACAAUGGCAAUAAACCUGACUCCCGUUUGAAGGAACA